AUGGCCACGGAACAACCAAUUCCUCGACACCUCAGGAGCCCUGGUGACGAUGGUUAUCGGACACCCACCAUCGAAGAUGCGGAAAGGACCUUGUCCAUUCUCGGGGGAGACAGUCCCGGCAGCGUCACUCGCGAUGUUCAUAGUUCCGCUUUAGAUGCAGCACUACAACGGACUUUGUCGCGGGCGACCGAUCAAUCGAGCAGCAAAGAGCGCAAUACCUCUGCCAUGUAUGAGAGUUCUGCUCUCUCGCGAAGAAUCACCGAUGCGUCGGCUUCCAGUCUCAGUUGGAAAAAGCGCAUCCGACAUGUUACGUGGGCGUACUUCACGUUGACUAUGGCGACGGGUGGCCUGGCCAAUGUCUUCUAUGAUGUUCCUUAUCGGUUCCGGGGCUUAGAUACGAUUGGAAUCGUGGUUUUUCUGCUCAAUAUUGUCCUCUAUCUUAUGAUUUGGGGUCUCUUGAUUGCGCGGUUUUAUCAUUAUCCCUAUACCUUCAAGGCUUCUUUCUUGCAUCCGACCGAGUCCUUGUUUGUGCCCGCCUCGGUAGUCUCCUUUGGCACAAUAUUGAUCAAUAUAUCCCAGUACGGGGCGGGAAACGCGGGUGGUUGGCUGAUGCGCGCAGUGGGCAUCUUGUUCUGGAUUGACGCCGCACUUGCGGUGAUCUUCUCAGCGGGGAUCUACCUUCUUCUAUGGUCAACACAGACAUUCACAAUUGCUCAAAUGACCCCGAUCUGGAUCUUUCCGGCAUAUCCUAUGCUGAUCAUUGGACCGCAUGCCGGUAUUUUGAGCAGCAAACUGGACCCGUCGCGUGCUCUGUCCAUUAUUAUUGGGGGCACCACCAUUCAGGGAGUUGGGUUUCUGGUUUCCCUGAUGGUAUAUUCGGCCUUUAUCUAUCGACUCAUGACUCAGAAGCUCCCGAGAGAAAACGUUCGACCGGGUAUGUUCGUUUCUGUUGGACCAAGCGGCUUUACAGUCGCUGGGAUCGUGAACAUGGCGGCUGAGGCAAAGAGGUCGUUUCCGAUUGACUUCAUGGGCAAUGGGGCAUUGGCUGGGGAUGUGUUGCGGGUGGUCGUCGAUUUUGCGGCACUAUGGCUGUGGGGGCUGGCCAUCUUCUUUUUCAUCAUUGCAGGUGCCGCCCAUUGGUCGGCUAUUGGGCCAGGUCGAAUGGUCUUCUCCAUGACCUGGUUCUCCUUUGUGUUUCCCAACACUGCCUUAGUCACUGCCACCUUUGCCAUUGGCAAAGCAUUUUCCUGCAAAGCCAUCAAUGUCGUGGGGUGUGCUGCGGUCUUUCCGCUCAUCUUGAUGUACUUUUUUGUAUGCUAUAUGAUGAUGAGAGCGAUCAUCCUGCGCCAGAUUCUAUGGCCCCAGAAAGGCGAGGAUCGGGAUGAAGGCGGGUUCGAGAUCCACCAAAUCAAGCCGGGCGCUGAACUCCAGGAUGAAGAUGUUGUUGUUUAG